AGACUCUAAUGGGCUGCAGUUUAGGGUUCUAAACCAAAGUUGUCAAUCUCGUACUGUACCGGCUGGUAUGGCCGAUCGAGCAUACUUUGCGAACAUAGCCUUGCCCUCCGAUCCGACUUUCUUCACCGGUGGUGCAGGGGCUAGAUCUUGCAUCUUGUUUCUCUUCACCGUCUCCAGCAACCGAGCUUCAUCUCCAGUAGCCGAGCUCCGUUCACCCGUCUCCAACAACCGAGCUUCAUCUCCAGUAGCCGAGCUCCGUCCCCAGCAGCCGAGCUUCGUGUCCAGCAACCCAGCUCUGUCUCCAGCAACCCAACUCCGUCUCCAGCAGCCUAGCUCCGUGUCCAGCAGCCCAGCUCCAUCUCCAGCAACCCAACUCCAUCUCCAACAGCCUAGCUCCGUGUCCAGCAGCCCAGCUCUGUCUCCAGCAGCCUAGCUCCGUCUCAGGUAUCUUGCAUGAUUUCCUCUCGCUUCUCUCGGUUUUUAUUUUUCUUUGUUAAUUUCAUUACUAAUUGAAAUAGUGAAUAUCUUUCCUUUUGAAUUUUGGUGCGAUUGAUUUGCAAUUUGGUGUGAAUAAAAACAGUACUGCUUUGUCAAGUUGCUCCCAUAAUAAAUCUGUGAAAUUGUG